AUGGUCGAAGAUAACAAGAGUUCUGAAGAGGAAUCGACACCUAUACCUUCUAGGAUGAGUACUCCCCUGGAUGGCGAUGGUGAAGGUCGGGUACGAGUUCCAGGUAAGAGUGUGGUUGGUGGACCUUGUUCCUCUGAGCAUAGUGCUGGGACUGGUGGUAGUGGUAGUGGUAGUGGCGGGACUUCUGAUCAGCGUACACGUGUCAGCAGUUCUGAUGGACAAGAUCAUAGUAAAGUUCAUCGAAUUAUAUUUAAACCAUUGCCUGCUGAUUCGGUGGCUCAGGCUGAAGGUGUGCGAUGCUACAAGCUGCCUGAAGGCAAUAAGAUUAAACAGAUUUUUCUGCCUGCAAAUAUCACAAACCCUGAAGAAAUAGCAAAAAUAUUAAAAGCAGCGUCUGCUGCAAGCACGGUGAUAACUAAUCAUCGUAAUACUGUAAACAAUUCUGAUAAACCAACGGUUUCCCCGGAUCCUGUUGUCGUGGUGGAGACUCAACCUCCAGCGCAGAAAUCAGCAAAACCCAUUGAUGAAAUGACUUUGGAGGAAAGAAUAUCUUAUAUUAAAACUUCAUUACAGGGCGGUAUUCCACUCCCACCGGUUAACACGCACUGUUUAAAAGAAAUAGAGGUGCAAGAGAUCGCAAAAAAUGCACAAUUGAGACAUGAUAUCGUGUUCGACCCUAAUUUACAGUUUAGACCAAAUUUAGACGGUAAUCUAGGCAUUAAGAAAAAAGAACUUGCAGAUGAGUACUGGAAAGAAGUUGAAAAUGAAAUCUUUGUCUAUCAGAAACGAAGAGAUGUGUUUGAGAGUAGGAGAACAAGGUUGGUGCCCAUUUUUGACAAUUUAAGAAAUAUAAUACUGACCAUUGUGGCUCCAAAGGAUGCCCAAAUGGUUAAAAAUAUUUUAGAGACCAGCGUGUGUGUACAAGGUAUUAUCACUGGUUCGUUGGAUAUUUUACAACUAGCAGACUGGAUAUGCAAAAUAUUAAAAGGACAUUGUGCUCCAAUGAGAGAUACUUUUAUGAAACAACUUUACUCGAAAUUUGAAGAAGCAACGACCGAAGAUUCACUGAGUAAGUUCGUUGGAGCAAUAAGGUUCUUGUUUCAUGUUCUUGAGAUUAUGAAAUUAGAUGUUGCGAACCAUCAGAUAAGGCUUCUCAGACCGGCAUUGGUUUCAAAUACUGUGGAAUUCGAAAGACAGUAUUAUCAAACAAUCUUGUCUACUCCUAAUAACAAACUGAUUCCAUCGUUUGAUUGGUUUAAGAUUAAAUAUAACGAGGAGGUAACGAAGGGUAAAUUAAUAGCUGGCCAAACAACACCUCAACUGUUAUAUCGUUUCAACAUAAGAAAUAUUUUAGAAUUAGCAUCAUGUCAUAAUAUGGUACAAAGUUAUCCUGUGGCACUUGGUUUUGACCGUUCUAGACUAAUUUUACUGAGGACAAAUAUUCGUCAAAUUGUUUGUUUAAUGAUUUGUCGUCUGCUAUUUAAACAAUUGAUAUCACAACAUAAAAAUAUUGAUACAUUGGCAAAGAAUUAUAUCACUACUAAAUAUACUGAUGAAAGAUUAAAGUCGGAAAUAAUGAGUUUAAUCACAGAAGAGCAUGGGAAUUUUAAAUGGACUAAAAAUACAAUGUCUAUUGCAUUGCAAUUAUGCAAAGUUAUUGAAGAACUAUACCUUGAUUAUUUGAGAGAAACGAAACUUCCACAAUAUGGGAUUCCUCAAACUGUUGCGUUAGAUGAGAAGCAAAUAGAAUUUGCAAAAGCAUGGUUGUCUAAACAAAUUCAGCCAAACAGCCCAGUUUAUAUAUUAUUGGAGACCAGGGUUUUCAAGUCGUUAGAAGAUAUAAUCUAUUCCAGAUCUGGAUGCACUGUUGAAGGUAAUGUAAAACAGGAUUUUUUGACAGUAUACUCAAAAAAUGCAAGCUACAAAAACAAGAUGACAAGCAGUACUAACGAAAAACCAAAACCAGAUAGUGAACUUGAAUCAGAGGAUACUGAUAGUACUAAUGAUAACAAUGUUACGAACGACAAUGAUAAUGACAAUGGCAGUAAUAGGCAACAACAAAUUAUACCACUUUCGUUAAGUAAUUUUGAAAAUACGAUUUCACUUUCUUAUGUAUUAUCAAAUUUCCACUGGUCAGUGUUUGGAUUUCAUUACAUCAAAUGUUUAGGUAAUAACAUGAAGAAACCAUAA